AACGCGAAGAUGCGCAAUGGAAGGUGUUUAAUCCAUUAAUGAACGAUUUUAUUAAAAUUCUGAGAUUAAUAUAGAGGAAAAAAUGCCGCACGGGACGAGGAAAAAACCGUUUAGUGGUAAAGCAAAGAAACAGCAAAUGAAAAUUAAAAAGCAACGACUAAAUCCAACUUUAUCUGGUGGAAAUCAUAGCAAAAAUGAUAUUGAUGACUAUACAUCCAUUGGUCGCAAUAAAUAUGCUUUAAAGUUCUAUGCAGAAAGUAAGAAAGAACUAAUGGAACGAAGAGAAGAAGCUAGGAAAGCUAUUUCACCUUUAUCUUACAAAGACCAAGAAGUUGCAGAGGAUUAUUUUCCACCAUUAAUUGAUAUGCCCAAAAGACCACCAUGGAAUAUCAAUAUGUCAAAAAAAGAAUUAGAAUUACAAGAGCAAAAGUACUUUGAAGAAUAUCAAAAUAUAAGAAGAAUAAGCAAUAUUAGCCACUUUGAAUUAAAUUUAGAAACAUGGAGGCAGCUAUGGAGAGUUCUUGAAAAGUCUGAUAUAUUGUUAUUUAUUGUUGAUAUCAGAUACCCUGUCUUAAUGUUUCCCCCAUAUCUGUACCAUUAUGUAACAAACGAGCUAAAGAAAGACAUGAUUUUAGUACUGAACAAAGUUGAUUUUGCUUCUCCAGGCAUAGUAGUAGCAUGGAAAGAAUAUUUUCAUGAGACAUAUCCUAAAUUACACAUUUUACUGUUUACAUCGUAUCCUACUUACAAUUUGCAUGGUAAUACAGAAAAAACACAAGGACUACAAAAAAGACGUAUAAGGGGAAAAUUAAAAAUGGCUGCAGAAGGAGCUCAAAAACUAUUGGAUAUUUGUAAAGAAAUUGUAAAAGAUAAAGUAGAUUUGACUUCUUGGCAUGAAAAAAUUCAAAAUGAAAUGCAAAUGGAAUAUAAUCUAGAUGACAUUGAUCAUAAAGACAGUGUUACUGUUACUAAAGAAGACACAAGUUAUUACGAGCACGAGCAAUAUAAAAAUGGAGUAUUGACUAUUGGUUGUAUUGGAACUCCAAAUGUUGGAAAGUCAUCUUUGAUGAAUGCAUUGAUGGGGAAGAAAGUUGUGAGCGUAUCACGCACACCUGGACAUACUAAAUAUUUUCAAACUAUUUUUCUUACAAAAAAUGUUUGUCUUUGCGACUGUCCAGGAUUGGUGUUUCCAUCAACAGUUCCGAAAGAGUUACAAAUUUUGAUGGGUUCUUUUCCAAUAGCUCAAGUUAGGGAUCCAUGUUCAACAGUUAAAUUUUUAGCUGAAAGAGUAGAUUUAACAAAGUUAUUAAGACUUGAACAUCCAGAUAAAGACGAUACAUGGUCCGCUAUGGACAUUUGCGAGGCUUGGGCUAUAAAACGAAGUUUUCUAACUGCGCGGACCGGUAGACCCGAUACGUACAGAGCGGCUAAUUCAUUGUUAAGAAUGGCGCUUGGGGGAGCAAUUUCUAUAUUCGUUUAUCCAUUAAAUUGGAGCGUUAAUCAAGAAAAGUGGGAGAACCAUCCAGAAGUUGAAUUAGUAAGAUGGAUUCAAGGUAAAAAUAGAACAGAAGAUACAGACAAGGAUUCAGAAACUGAAAAAUGUUCAACAGAAGAAGAUGAAGAAGAAGAGGAGGAGGAGGAAGAAGAAGAAUCUAAUUCCGAUAAUACAUCGAGCGACGAAUCAAAGAUACGACACGUGGUUAAUAAAUUUGAAGUAUUAUCUGCAGACUUAUGAAAAAAUU